AUGGCCCUAGACCCAUCAUCUCCCUCCUCCCAUACUACCCUCUCCCCUUCCUCUCCCCUGGCUGCGUUCGACGCAGUACAGUCACCAAUUUCUCCCAGCAGUGCUUCACAAUUCGAUCCUCGACUCGAGUUCUCUGGCGCCAUCGCCCCUGCCCCGACCAAUCCUUCUACUUCUCGACAAGCAGUCGGCUCAGGCUCUGCCGGCAACGAUAUCGAGAUGGAACCAAUUCCGGGUCAUCGGCGGCGGAAGAGCAGUCUCAUGAACCCAGUUGGUGGUCACAGUCUCUCUGGUGUGCCUGCUCCUGGCCGGCCAAGUUAUUCCCAAAGCUCCCGUAACAACGCCCCUACGUCUUCUAGCCUGCAAGAGGGCUCAAAGGAACAUCUCGAUGUUCCUGGUCGAAGUACUGGGGAGUCUGGCUCCAAGGACGACUCCGGGAGAGACAGUUUCAGUGACGAGGAUUUGCACGACGAUGAGGAAAUGGGGUUGACGAGAAAGGAUAAAUCGCGGAAGCAAAAGAAACGGAGGAGGAAUACAUUGCUAGAUAAUCGAAUUGCGCGCGAGAAGCAUCUUUCCGACGACGAGCGCAAGGAAGCAGAUCGCAAUGUCGUCAGGAGCCUGUUCAUCAAUGGGGUUUUGAUCCUGUUGUGGUACUUCUUUUCGCUCUCCAUUUCACUAUUUGUCUUGUCAGGCUUGGUCUUGACAUUCGUGCCCUCACUACGGCCAAAAGCAGCGCACAACUCUGACGGCGGCCGAUCCAGGCAUGAGUCUGAGCCUCAGGGAUCCGUCAUGUCCAAAAUGUUUUAUUUUACCCGUAUUGGCCCGUGUGGUGCCGCUACUAGUCUAGAUAUCGGACUGGGAAAUACGUCACUCAAGUUUAUCAGCUUGACAUUUUACAUACUAGCCAUGUGCAAAUCUUCAUCCCUUGCUUUUGUCCUGCUCUUCGCCUUCGUAUUCCGUCUCGAAACGCCGACUUGGCGCCUUGUUGCCAUCAUCGCAACGAUGACGUUUGGUGUCAUUCUUAUGGUGUUUGGGGAGGUCGAAUUCAAGUUUGGAGGCUUCUUCCUCGUCAUCUCCGCAGCAUUCUUUUCAGGGCUGCGGUGGGCUCUUACGCAGAUCCUGCUUCUACGCAACCCAGCCACCUCCAAUCCCUUUUCGAGCAUCUUCUUUCUCUCUCCCGUCAUGUUUGUCGUUCUCUUCUCCCUGGCUAUUCCGGUUGAGGGUUUCGGGCCGUUGUGGGAUGGCCUCAAGGCCCUCAACGCGGAAUGGGGUGUCUGGACACCACUUUUCCUAUUGUUCCCAGGUUGCAUUGCGUUCCUCAUGAUUGCAUCCGAAUUUGCGCUUCUUCAACGAACAUCCGUCGUCACCUUGUCUAUUGCAGGCAUUUUCAAGGAAGUCGUAACCAUCUCCGCCGCGUCCAUUGUUUUUGACGACAAGCUCACGCCCAUCAACGUCAUCGGUCUCCUAGUCACAAUGGCCGCUAUUGGCGCCUACAAUUAUGUCAAGAUCACCAAGAUGCGCCAAGAGGCACAAAUUGAAGUCCAUGAACGCCAUGUGGGCGUGCACCCAACAACUCCAAUCAGUCACAGCGGAAGUGGCAGCGACAUGGACAAUGAUGAAUCGGCCGCAGAGACCGCAGGUCUAUUACAACGGACUGACGAGCAGGAACAGGGGAUUGUCACAGUGGAUGGUGACGUGCAACCGGGCCUGCCUCGACCAUCAAACGUGCAAUGA